AUGCUAUAUCGAUACAUAAACUGCCGGGAUCAGGUCGUUUACUCCAGUGAAUCAAUCAAUCUAUUGCACCAACCCCUCAACGAGAGCAAGUACUGCAGGAUUCAGUAUUUUUCUACCAAAAUGAACAUGAACAACGGGCAUAGUGAUUUACAUGCGACGAGGAUGAGUGUUGCGUAUAUGAGACCCGGCGACCCGAUGCCCACCCAACUAGGCCGCUGGCCUGGGUGCGAGAACUUCAUGCACAAGGUCCCCACUGUUCUCCGAUAUAUGUCAGGUAGUAAGGACUACGAAUGGGGCUUCGUGGCAGACAAAGCAGGCUUUGGCCGGUCAAUAUUGUUCAAGACUUCGUUGGGAUCUGGUGAAGCACACACAUACCCAGAUAUGUCCAGCAAAACAGCCCAUGGUAUGAUCAGCGACUUUCUCAAUGCAGUCUAUGACCAUAUUCGGAAGCGAUUGGAGGAGGAGUCUCUCGAUAAGCUCAGGAUGGAAUUUUCCUUUACAGUUCCAGCGACGUAUUCGGACCCUGUCGUAGAGGAGUUUAGGAAUAUCAUUCUUAAAACAUCCUUCCACCAACAUAGAUUCAACGUCACCUUGACGGAGCCUGAGGCGGCGGCUAUUCAUACUCUAUACAGCCAGCGCUCGGAGGAGGAUUUUGUUACGGGCGAAGGAAUUAUAGUCUGUGAUGCGGGUGGUGGCACUGUUGAUGUUUCAUCUUAUCAAAUCCUGCAGCCAGGACAAGCACCGCGUGUCAAACAGAUGGGAAUUAUUUCUGGUAUGCCCAAACGUGCCCUCUGUUACCUAAACCAUCUAUCUGACCGUUUCAUCAAUGGAGGUGCUCCCUGCGGUUCAAUAUACAUUGACAAAGCAUUCGAUGAUGUUUUGUUGGAACGUGGCAUUCUACAACAACUCAGCAAUGAUGAGAGAUAUAAGCUCCGACAACAGUUUAUCCUUCGAAAAGAAAGUUUUACAAAUGAUGAAUCUAGGCCACAUUUCCAUGUUGAACUGCCACGAGAAGGUAUACAAGGAGAUCUUAUUGUAGCAGGAUUUGUGCAGAUUUCACGAGAAAUGAUGAUUGAGUUCUUUGAGCCCUCAAUUAGCAGGACGCUUACUCUGCUUCGGGAACAUCUGAGGCAAUGUCGUAUCGAGAGAGUCAAAGUAGGAAAGAUAUUCCUUGCCGGAGGCCUGGGAUCCUCGCAGUACCUCAAGCAACGGAUUGAAGAAGCAUUCAGAUCAGAGUCAAUACGAGUGAUUCAGCCCACAGACACGGCAAGCGCCACAGUGCUCGGAUGUAUCCGUGAUCAGGUUAGAGACCUGCAGGGACAUACAACCACAGUAGAAUCAAGGAGAUGCCCAGCACACUAUGGAAUCCUAGUCUCCCAUGCAUUUGACUCCAAUAUCCACGACCCAGCAGACUAUCACAAGGACGAACAUACCGGCAAAGCGGUUGCAAGGAACCAAGUGGAAUGGUUUGCCAGGAAGGGUGUUGAAAUCACCAAUGGAUCACUCACCAUUCCACGGCAACUGCGUCGAACGUUCAAGAAAUGUGGCGUCUGGGAGGACAUAUUAGUUCGCUGCGACUCAGAUGAGCCUCCCGGGCGUUUGGGACCUGACGUCAAAAUCAUUUGCCGGCUUAAAACCGACAUGCGGAAACUACCGAACUCGGUAUUCGACAGGAGGAAGAGAUAUCUAGGGCUGAAGAGGUUUUACGAGGCGUCAUAUCUAGUGAAUAUGAUCAUUAGGCCAGCAGACUUAAAGUUCGAGAUGUGGUUUAAGAAUACCCUGCAGUCGCAGUUUUUAGAUAUUUCAUGGGAGUUGGAUGGGGUUCCUAUAAGCGGUGGUGCUCAGGAGGAUCAGUUUCCUGUCGAGCAGGCAUUUGCAGAAUCAUCGCUCUCUCAUGAGACCUAG